AUGUACAUUCAAUGUCUCUCACGAUUGUGCUGUUUCUUCACUCCGGAGAGUGUCGGUGGCAGCAGCGGCGGUGAUGGGCUCGCGAUAUCUGAGCUCGGGAUAUCUCCGGAGAUUGUCAAAGCUUUGAGUGGUAGAGGAAUCGAUAAACUCUUUCCUAUUCAGAAAGCUGUGCUUGAGCCGCUGAUGCAAGGACUGGAACUGGAAAGACGCUUGCUUUUGGGAUUCCAAUCAUUGAAAAAAUCAUCAAAUUCAACGCUAAACAUGGGUUUGUUAAAGCGUGGAAAGAAUCCUCUUUGCGUGGUUUUAGCUCCGACGAGAGAGCUUGCUCGUCAGGUUGAGAAGGAGUUUAGAGAGUCUGCUCCAAGCUUGGAUACGAUUUGUCUCUAUGGAGGUACACCGAUCGGGCAGCAAAUGAGGGAGCUUGGAUACGGUAUCGAUGUUGCUGUAGGCACUCCAGGUCGUAUCAUUGAUCUGAUGAAAAGAGGAGCUCUGAAUCUAUCAGAGGUUCAGUUUAUGGUUCUUGAUGAAGCUGAUCAGAUGCUUCAAGUUGGAUUCGCCGAGGAUGUCGAAAUCAUAUUGCAGAAGUUGCCUGAAAACGUCAGAGCAUGA